AUGCAAGUCCUAUCAAACGCGCGUCGACUCACCAGGAGUUUGAAGCCUCAAAUUCUCCUCAACUCGGUAGCCUCAGAUCACAAAUUAUUCAUUGAUACUCAAUGUCAAAGCCAUCACUCUUUCUCCUCGCCUUCUCCCUCCUUCUCAGAGGCUGUGAAGGAGCUUUAUAAUAAGAUUACUGAAUCCGUAAAUGUUAGACGAACAAUGGCACCAAAUGCUUGGUUGUGGUCACUGAUUGAGAAUUGCAAAAUCCACGAGGAUAUUAAGCUUCUGUUCGACACUUUGCAGAAUCUCCGAAGAUUUAGAUUGUCAAAUCUUCGUAUUCAUGACAAUUUUAAUUGUAAUCUUUGCCGUGAAGUUACUAAAGCAUGUGCUCGUGUAGGGGCCAUUGACUUUGGUAGCCGUAAUGAUGCAGGAAAGAAGGCCUUGUGGAAUCAUAAUGUGUAUGGACUGACUCCUAGUGUUGCAUCUGCCAACCAUUUGCUGUCGUAUGCUAAGGAUCAUAAUGAUGUCAAACUCAUGGUUGAAGUAAUGAAACUUCUUAAAAGGAAUCACAUCCCAUUACAGCCUAGUACAGCAGAUCUUGUUUUCAGUAUCUGUUACAAUUCGGAUAAUUGGAUGUUGAUUUCUAAAUAUUCAAGAAGGUUUCUCAAGGCUGGGGUGAAACUCCGCAGACUUGCAUUUGACAUGUGGAUGGAUUUAGCUGCCAAAAGAGGUGAUACUGAGUCAUUAUGGGAAAUUGAGAAGUUGAGAUCUGAGUCGACGAAGCCGCACACUCUCAUGAGUGCGUUUUCAUGUGCUAAGGGUUUAAUACUAGAAGGCAAGCCUCAGGAUGCUGCUGCUGUUAUUCAAGUCCUUGAUCAGACUUUAGCCGACACUAAGAAGUCAGGUAUUGUGGUUGAACUUCAGAAUUUAGUAAGUGAAUGGCCUUUGGAUGUUGUCAAACACCAAAAAGAGGAAAAUAGGAAGGUUCUAGCUGCUACAUUAAAAUCUGGCAUUCCUGCAAUGGUUAAUGGUCUGUCAAAUAUGGGCUUGAAGCUGAAUGUAAAUUUGGAAGACCUAGCAAUUAAGGAAGCAAUUUCGUGUUAA